UUGUCACCUGUCAAAACAAACAAUGUAGACAAUUCGGUGACAAUGUCACAUCCAUAGUAGACAAAAGUGGUGACAUGGGACUUCCUACUGGUUCUACUCGUAUCAUUACAUUAGUAUGUAGUUUGACAGUUGUCCAAGUGAAAUAAGAGGAACAAAGCACAAGCCAUUAAGAAGCGCAUUGAAACCCCUAAUGGUUUGCUAGUUACCAUAGAAACUACUAGCACACAUUGAGUUUCCGUUUCGCUGGUUCAUUAGUUCAUUGGCCAAAUAAUGGUUCAUCUGGUGUCGAGUAAUUGUGAACAAAUAAGAAAAUUCGCUUUUGGUGAAGUUUUGAUUAAAAAUUAAAUCAUGGAUGAAUUGUCGGAACACACUUUCGCAUUGAAUUCAGUGAUUGAAUUCAAAGCUACCCACGAAGACGAUAAACAGCUAAAUUUAACCGACAAAACUACAAGCACGGAUCCAAUGCGUCCAAAAGCCGAUGCAUCAUCUUCAUUUAACGAGUGGUGCAAUCGAGGAACGCAAACAGUGGGAAUUAGAGCAAAUUCUAACCAGACCAUUAUUGACGAACGGCAACUGGCAACUUGGCUACGAAAAAUACUCCCAAACGUUGAAAGAGAACUUCUUAAAGGAUGCACACCAGACUUUCAAUCAGGAAAUACGAACAAAACGAAUAAUGACCUCGAAAUACAACCCUACCAAAAACUUUCGUUGGAAACUUUAGAAAACUCUCAAGGGAUCGCAAUUUGGCUGUCUGUGCAGACGAACAAUGCUCCAGUCCUUGUCAUAAGCACAAUAUUCCCACACGAUGAAGACUGGUGCGAGCACGUAGAACAGAAUCUCUUGUUAUUUGUCCCAAAGCGAGAACAGAACAAUUUAAUCGCUUGGAGAGAAACGAAGCGUGUUCCCAUUAAAGCCUGUCUUCGAAGUCUGUGUACCAAUCCCUACAGAAAAUGUAUGUUUGCUGGUUCGACUAUGGAUGGUGACAUUUACAUUUGGAACUAUGAGCAAAAUGUCAAAUGGUCGGGCAUAUCAGAAUUGUACCACAAUCCGCUUUUGCAUGGUUACGCUAUAGCAAUUGAUUGGACCAACGAACAUACUUUACUGACAGCUCAUAGCGGUGGACAUGUUGCCCAAUGGCGUUUGGGUGCAGAAUUAACCAUGGAGGCCGAGUUUUCUCUACGACUCACGCCGAACUCUCCAAUAGACAUAACCUGUCUGAUAGCGCUGAGCUAUAAUGAAUUUGUUGUUGGUUGUAAUGAUGGCUCUAUUCUGCAAUGUUGGAUCUCCAACUCUACCGCUGUAAAGCGCCAUUUAGAAACGCUACAAAUGAAAAAACACGUUUUCUCGACUUCAUCUCUACUAAAGGCCAAUUUUAAAGGUUACACUAUAUUGAUUAGCUGCGAUUUGAGUGGUGAAGUCUUCAUUCACGACUUGAGAAAUUCUCAUGAUGAGACUGAAGGAACCCUUAUCUCAAAGAUCCCCCUGCCCUUUACAAAUCUAAUUGCGGCUACACAAGAUGGACAUUUGCUGUUUUCGCCUGGGGAAGACGGUUCACUUGAAUGCCACAGAUUGCUGGAUGGCGAGCAUUUCACUAUCAAAGGAGACUUAAGAGGCAAAGGAAACUUUAUAAAGUCCAGUGACAAUGGGUCCUGGAUAAUAACCGGCCUAUAUGAAAAUGGAUUUCAAAUAUUCUGUUUGGAUAUCUAAACCGUUUCAAUUUAUUAUCAUUAUUAUUUCAAUAUACUUUAUUAUUGAUUAAAAUCUGUAAUGUAUGAUUAAAUAAUUAACUAUUUACAAUAACGUUUCUUAAAUAUAAUAAUAAUAAUAUAUACUUUGCGCUUA